UCUUAAGCCCGACUCUUCAACGCCAUAGCAUCAUCGUUAUUCCCACUCUCUCUCUUUAGGUUCUCUUUAGAUAGAGAGCCUUUAUUCUUUUUUCUCGCCUGUUUUGUUAAAUUUGUCGUUUUCUCUCUCUGCGCGGCUCUCCUGAUCCCUGAGCCGCUUAUUUUAACAGAAGUUUGGGAGAGGCUUCGCAGAGAGAGAUCCGAGUUUUUGAAAUUUGAAUAAAGAGAGAAAUGGCGGUUACUAGGGUUUCAUUUGUAGUUGUGGCUGUUGCUGCUGCUCUCAUUUUUGCUAUUUUCUUGCCUGCUACUUAUGCUCAGGCUUCCGGGCCCGCUCCUGCCCCCACCAGUGACGGGACAUCUAUCGACCAAGGGAUUGCAUAUGUGCUGAUGUUGGUGGCGCUGGUGCUCACCUAUCUCAUUCACGCCGCUGACUUUUAUUAAAAGCUUGUAAUUUUUUGCAAUUGUCGGGGGAUUUGGAGUU